AUGGGUGAACUACUUUUCAACAUCACCAUCACCUCCAUCUUUACUAAGAAUCCCCAUUUUCGGACACCUUCUGAGCCUGGGUUCCCUUCCCUAUAUCACUCUCCAAGCCUACGCUCGGCGGCAACCCCAUCGUCGUGGUCUCUUCUGCUGGAAUUUGGGGAAUUGUUUGGGAGUUUCAGUAUGAGAGACUUCAUCCCAUGGCUGGGUUGGAUUGAUGGAAUUAGUGGGUUGGACACCAAAGUAGAGAGGAUUGCCAAAGAACUCAAUGCUUUCUUUACAGUGAUUGAAGACCAUGUCCAUCCACAGCAAAUGCAAAAUUAUGAGCACAAGGACCAUAAUUCCAUGGACUUGGUGGAUGUUAUGCUUUCCAUACACAGAGACAACUCCAUGGGGUUUCCUCUUGAGAUGGAUAGCAUCAAAGCUUUAAUCUUGGACAUGUUUUCAGCUGGCACAGGUACAACAUACACAGUGUUGGGGUGGGCAAUGUCGCGAUUGCUGAGACACCCGCAUGUGAUGAAGAAAUUGCAGAGUGAAGUGAGAGAAAUAGUAGGCGAGAGAGAAUACGUAAGCGAGGAUGAUUUAGAGAAGAUGCACUACUUGAAAGCGGUAAUCAAUGAGACACUACGGCUACACCCACCAGUCCCGCUUCUAGUCCUUAGAGAAUCAACUGGAGAUAUCAAAUUAAAAGGGUAUCACAUUAAGGGGGCGACUCGAGUGAUGAUCAAUGCAUGGGCCAUCAGAAGAGACCCAGAAACAUGGGAGGGAGUAGAGGAGUUUCGGCCUGAAAGAUUGCUGAAUAGUGGGAUUCAUUUCAAGGGUUAGGAUUUCGAGUUGAUCCCAUUUGGAGCAGGGAGAAGAUGGUGUCCUGGAGUUGUAUUUGCGACAGUAAUUAUUGAGAUGACUUUAGCAAGUGUUGUCCAUAAGUUUGAUAGGACCUUGCCCGAUGUAGUAGUUGCGACUCCUUUGCUAGAGGCCUAUUUGCGUAGAAGUGGAGACGAGAAUAAUGUUUUCUGCAUUACCCCAGGCAAAUUGAAUUGUUCUACCUUUGGAGAUGAGAGACCAAUUUCUACUGAUACCACUGCUUUAGAACCAAAUGAUAAUGAGAACGACAUCUCACCAGUUGACGUACAUGGUGUUGUUCUCUACAAUCUCGUUCAUUUCUUGGUUGAAGGCACGACGCUUCAGUUUUACUGGUUUACAGUAUUUGUCGACGUUGAGUCGGUGUACCAUGACUUCCCUAUUGAUUCCUGGCAUGUCCUCAUGCGUCCACGCGAAUACAUUGGUGUUGUUUCUAAGGAAAUUUAUAAGGCUCAUCUUUUCUUCACUCCCCAACUUGGUCCCAAUGUUGACUCGUUGAUCCUCGGAUGUCAAAGGGAUAGACUCCACCUUCUCAGUCGGUUCUCCCCCUUUGAGGACAUAUAUCUCAUGAGUGGUCGAUUGCCUCGUUCAGGCUCUUCUCUUCGAAACAUUGUUGACCCCCACCAGAGUUCAUAUCAACUUGCUCUAUCCCAAUCUUAUGGGAUAUGGGCUUGUCUCAGCUGA